AUGAUGAUGGAUUGUGUGUUCAAGUAAGUCGAAAUUAUAUUUGUUUAUUUUACUUUGAACUAAACUCAAGUGGACCAGACCAAACGAAACCAAACACAAAUGAUGUUAUCACAUUCGCUCCCUUAAAGUUUGCUUUGCUCGGUUUCAUGGAAAACAAAUAAUAAACCCUUCUGUGAUAUUAUAAUAUAACUAAAAGUAAUAACACACCUCUUUCCUGCUUCCUUCAAUCUCAGUUUACAUCCCCUGUCUAGGUUUUUGUUUUCUAUUCUGUUUUUGGAUGUCGGGUUUCGUUUUUUUUCUGUGCUCUCCUCGGUUUCCAAACCAAAAUGCUUUUGCUUCGCGUUGUUCUCUGAAAUUUCAGAAUUUUAGAUCAGCGCUUUUUCUUCUCUGAAAAGUUUUCAAUUUCCGGCGCAGUGCCUACUGCAUCCGGUCAGCAACAAUGAUAAAAUUUCGUUUUCCUUCCUUCCGGCCCACUCGAUUUUCUGAAAACUAUAAGAAAAGUGGUAUAUAAGUGACUUUGAAAGGUUAUAAAUUCAAUUGUCUUCAGUUCACUAAAAUCCAAGCCGUCUCGUCUUGGAAAAAGUUUUCACUUUCCAAUAAAAAGAGUCACUUUCUUUCCCAUUAGCUUUCAUUCCCAGCGUUCUUCCCCUUCUCCUUUUUCCAAAGUAUAACGUCAACCACAGGCCUGCAAAAAAGACACAAACCAAGCCCCUGGUUUUUCUUUUGCGCGCGCAUAGUAAUUUUCGUUUGGUGCUUGGUUUUAUGUGAGCUUGAGCUGCUCCUGCUUCCGUUGGAGCUCACGAUUUGUCAGCAUGAUGACGAGGUUUCCCUUCUUUUGAGUGUUUGUCUGGGUUAUUUCUUGUUAGAAUUGAUGAUGAUCAUGGUGACUGGAAAAUGUUCAUCUUUCAACUCUCAGAGUGCUUAUCACAAAGAUCAAACUUUCAAUUCCUCGUUUCAUUUGACAAUUUCAGGAAACAAAACAUGGAGGAGGAGAGUCGGAGCUUGCAUGCCAGCUCAUUACAGCUACAAGGCGAUGAGAAACGGAGGACUGUCGAUGAGUCGAGUGUGUUCAAGCUGGUGGAGUCAAGGAAGACGAUGAGAGAUGAUUUUGGGUAUGAUAGUUCCUGGAAGUUCCUGGAUUGGGCUGACUAUACAUAACUUUAGAAUGUAUGAAUCUCGAUUGUUGUUUCUCACUCAAUGCGGUUACCUUCCUGUUGCUGCUGCCAUGCUCAUGACAACAUUUUUGGAGCCCUCACCGGUACGCUCCAUUUAGUUAGACGUUUUGCAACUGAGGUGAUCAAAGCUGUUAAAAUCUAAGACGCUUUCUGAUGAGAUACUGUUCAGCUGACACGUUCUCAGCAGUUUCUUAGCAUUUCGUUAUUAGUAGCCAAGCUGCAUUCACUCCCCAACCGCUCAGAAAAGGUACUCAAAUUGUGUCUCUACAGGGAUGGUGCGAAAAUGUGCGAAACGGAACGGCCAGGUGGCGUGAACAUGGAAAUCAGGAGUUUUACUCGUUGUCCGUAGAACAUGGAGUCGCGUGUGGGGACCCUGAAUACAUUACCGACAUGACAAGUUUACUAAUGUGGGGAGCGUUAGUCGGAUCGUUCUUUUGUGGACUCCUUUCGGACAAGAUCGGAAGGAGACCUGUUGUUAUUGGUGAGUUUUUUCCCAUUUAAAAAAAUGCACAAAAUUUCGAGCAUUUUUAGGAAGUCUGUUAAUGGUAUCUCUUGGACAUUUACUCUUCCUCCUCUCAUGUUUACUCUCAUGGAUCCAUAUCAAAGCAAUUUAUGCGUUUAUUGGCUUCUUCUGUGGUGGAUACAUGGUCACGAACUUUGUGAUUGUAACCGAAGCGUUCGAAUUGCCCAAGUCGAGGUUGAUGGUUGUUUCGGUAAACGGAUGGAGUUUUUCUAUGGUAAAGAAACUAAAACUUCCCAAUAAAUUUCUGAGAUAUUUUAUUUACAGGCAAUGACAGCUGCAAUCGCCUAUUAUACAAAAUACUGGUUUCCAUACCACGCUAUUAUCGGUUCCGCUGGACUUGUUAUCACACUUUUUCUGGUUGGUAAUCAAAAAUCAUAGUCAUCCUUAUCAUACUACGAGUUACCUUUCAGUACCUAAGUUCUUUGGAAAGCUGCCGUUGGUUGUCCGCCAACGGAUUGCACCAUGCGGCGAAAAAGAAUGCUCUGUACAUCACGCUGUUCAACGACAAGCGAACUAUGGAAGAAGAUGACGCGGUCAUUCUGAAAUGGUACGAGAUUCUGGGCUUCAGUGCGCCCACGCAUACCGAGGAGCAAAAGACGUGGAAAGCUCUUUUCAAGUAUGAAUUCACCAAAGUUCUCGGAAAAACCUAUGACUUUAGAUCCAUAACUCUUCUGAAGCAUGCAGCGGUCCUUUGCUACUCCUUCAUGGCUUCAUCCAUCGUUUCGUUCGGAUUUUACUUUUUGAUCGAUGUGCUUCCCGGAAAUCGUUAUCUCAACAUGGGCGUUAUGGGCGCAUCAAAGUUCAUUCUCGGCUUUGUUCCAAUCUGCCUCAACACAUGCAUCUCCAAACGGACCAUCGCUGUUCUCUCAGUUUCCAUUUGCUGCCUUGCCUCUGUCCUCAUCGUUCCAUUGUAAACUCUCCUUCUCAUUAAACUAAUAAGCUUCUGACUUUCAGCAAGAUUUGUGAAAAUCCAUCCUAUCACUGGGUGAUCGUUGUUCUGACGCUGAUCGUUUCGGCUGGAAUUGAUCCGACUUGGAAAAUCAACCACCUCUAUUCCGCGGAGCUGUUCCCUACUUCUGUCAGAAGUAUGGCUAGAGGUGUUUGCAAUGCUGGAGGAAGAUUCGGUUCUGUUAUGGCUCCUCUGGUAGGUUUUACCAUUUUUUUUAUUCAUCUACUCAAUCAUAAAACGAAGAGAUACGUAGAUGAACAAUAAGACCCAAAAAUAUUCCAGUUUACAAUUGAGGGGGAAAAUGUCGUGACGCGAAUGUACUUUUUGUUUUGGGUUCUGGAAAGAGGGGGACAAUUUUAUCCAAUAACGCGAAGUUUUGGUGUAGGAACUCUGUGGGGAAAUCGUAGCUUAUGAAAUAAAGUUUGUUUAGGAAGGGCUAGAACCAUUUUUCUGCUACUGAAAUGCUAUUCAAGUUUAUCUAGUUAACAAAUGAACGUCACUCAAUUGUAGCUCUUUAAUAAACGUUUCCCCCAAUUCUAGUUAAGAAUUUAGCUUCAAAAACAUAUCCGAUCUUUCCAAACACAUUUUUUCCAGAUCGUCGCCUACCGCACUACUAUCCCCGUCCUCCCUAACGCCGUGUUUGCCGCUUUACUCGUCAUUCAGGUGCCCUAAUUUUCUGAUCUACCGUAAUAAUAAAAAUGAUAUUUUAAGUUGAUUGUUAUCGUCGCCUUCUUACCGGAUGAUAACGACAAGGACGCAAACGAGAUGAACGAUGAAUAA